AUGCUGUAUUUUGUGGAAUCUCAAAGGCUACUAUUGGAAGAAAUAGAUACUAUAGAGGCAGCAAUAGCUCAAAGAAUCAGAAGAAAUGUGGAUAUAGUACCAGAAACUGAGUUACUUCCAAACGACAUAUUAUCGGGCUCUAGUAAGAAAAGGCCAUAUAAAGAAACUUUAUUGCAGGCUCAUGAAGUUAAGUAUCUUAUUGAUGAGUUUAAAAAUAAGUGUCAGAGCAUAAAAGAGUCAAAAAAGACGAAGCAAGGCGUUUUCAUGGACGAAUUAUCUAUCCUUAAAGAUCCUAUGAAUAACUUUACGACUUUUGACUUAAAGUUAAGUGAGAUUAAGGCACGAUAUGAUGAAAAUGAGCAAAUUCUUUAUGAGGGAUUGGAAAAUGCAUAUGCGAUGUAUUCUAGUGCCCCGAAGUAUGAUGAAAGGGAGACAAGAAAGAAAAAGACCGUGAAAAGAAAGCAUAUCUUGAGUGAAGCAGCAGCCCAUAUAAACUUGGACAGAAUAUUUACAAAUGAAGAAUUUUAUGGGAAGUACUUGGACUUAAAUGAGUUCUAUGGAAUCUUUAAAAAUAUUUUCAAACAGGACAUGACAUACGUUGAAUACUUGUCGACCUAUGAUAAAGUUCCUUAUACAUAUACCGAAAUGAAUACUAAAAGUUACGUCGACUAUUUAAGAAAGCUAGCAGAAUAUUUGGAGUCAUUCAUAAGAAGAGCUCAACCAUUGUUCAAUAUCUCAAAAUUACUAGAGGAUAUUGGCAAGGACCAACCCACAACCACUGUCAAGUUCCCUGAAGAUGGUGAAGCCAAUGUACAUCAACACUAUUGUAAUGCCUGUCAAAAAAACUUUACGAACGAGAGUGUUUAUAAGAGCCAUUUGAAUGGCAAAAAACAUAAAAAAAACGAAAUAAAUGCAAAGCUACGUUCGGAAGUUGGUGGUGAAUAUAAAAAAAGCAAAGCAGACGAACUAAAGUUACUUGAAUCUAAGAUAAGAAAGCUUGGGGAGUUUCUUGAUCCAGUCAGGAGUUCCACAAUUUCGAACGCAGAGAGAAAAUACGCUUUGACGGAAAGAGAGCGUUUACAAGAGAUAUUUUCGCUAGCUGGAGAGGAAUCGGAAUACACUACCGCAUCUGAUUCAUCAAAAGCUCUGGACGAUGAUAAUACUUCAAGUGACGAUGAAGAGAACUCAAAAAAUUUGCCUAUAGGAGUUGAUGGGAGACCAAUUCCUUUCUGGUUAUACAAACUUCAAGGAUUGCAUCAGACAUAUACAUGUGAGAUAUGUGGGGACAUUUCCUAUAAAGGACGAUCACUUUUCUCUAAGCAUUUUGGUGGUGUUAAGCACCACCAUGGUCUUAAAUGUUUAGGAAUACCUGACGACUACAUGCCACUCUUCAAGGGAGUCGUGAAAAUUAAUGAAGCGACAGAUCUUUGGCGUCGUCUAAAAAAAGAGAAGAGAAUCAAAGAAGGUGAUAAGGAAAAUGCAGUUGAAUUCGAAGACGAAGAAGGUAAUGUAAUGUCUGAAAAGGACUAUAUUGACUUAAAAAAACAAGGUCUUCUUUGA